GGCUCUCCCGGGGCACCGCCGCGACGGGGCGGCCGCCCGCCCGCACAUGCCCGCUCCGCGCCGGCUCCCCGCGAUCCCCCCGCGUCGGUAGCGGGAGGCAGGGGAGAGCCCCGUCCCCGCCCCGAGCGCCCGCCGCCGGCCGGGAGCGCGGCUCCCCGGGCCGCCCGCCGCCCCCAUGAUGACCGCCAAGGCGGCGGACAAGAUCCCGGUGCCCCUCGGCGGGUUCCCGCACCAGCUGACCGAGGGCAUCUACCCCGCGGACGACAUCUCCGCCGCGCUGCCGACUUCGGUCGCGAUCUUCCCCAAUGCCGACCCCGCGGGGCCGUUCGAUCAGAUGAGCGGCGUGGCCGCAGACGGCAUGCUCGGCGUGGACAUGGGCGACAAGCGGGCCCUGGAGCUCCCCUACGGCGGCGGUUUCGCGCCCGGCGCCCCGACCUCCCGCAACCAGACCUUCACCUACAUGGGCAAGUUCUCCAUCGACCCGCAGUACCCCGGCGCCGGCUGCUACCCCGAGGGCAUCAUCAACAUCGUGAGCGCGGGCAUCCUGCAGGGGGUCAGCGCGCCCGCCUCCGCCGCCUCCGCCGCCUCCUCCGCCGCCUCCUCCGCCUCCUCCUCGGCCACCGCCGCCUCCGCCGCCUCCCCCGGCGCGCUGCCCGGGGCGCUGGGCUGCGGCAUGGCGCAGGGCCCGCCGGCUGAGCUGGAGCACCUCUACUCGCCUCCGCCGCCGCCCUACUCGGGCUGCGGGGAGCUGUACCCGCAGGACCCCUCCUCGGCCUUCCUGCCCGCCGCCGGCGGCGGGGCGCUGCCCUUCCCCCCGCCGCCCUCCUACCCCUCCCCGAAGGCGGCGGCUGCCGACGGCGGGCUCUUCACCGUCAUCCCCGAGUACGGCGGCUUCUUCCCGCCGCCCCAGUGCCAGCGGGAGCUGCACGCCGGCCCCGACCGCAAGCCCUUCCCCUGCCCCCUCGACUCGCUCCGCGUCCCGCCGCCGCUCACGCCGCUCUCCACCAUCCGCAACUUCACCAUGGGGGCGGCCCCGGCGGGAGCCGCUCCCGGCUCUGCCCCCGGAGGCGGCGGCGGCGGCGGCAGCGGAGCUGGGGAGGGCGCGCGGCUGCCCGCGGGCGCCUACAGCCCGCACCACCUGCCGCUGCGGCCCAUCCUGCGGCCCCGCAAGUACCCCAACCGGCCCAGCAAGACGCCGGUGCACGAGCGGCCCUACCCCUGCCCCGCCGAGGGCUGCGACCGCCGCUUCUCGCGCUCCGACGAGCUCACACGGCACAUCCGCAUCCACACGGGCCACAAGCCCUUCCAGUGCCGCAUCUGCAUGCGCAACUUCAGCCGCAGCGACCACCUCACCACCCACAUCCGCACGCACACCGGCGAGAAGCCCUUCGCCUGCGACUUCUGCGGGAGGAAGUUCGCCCGCUCCGACGAGAGGAAGCGGCACACCAAGAUCCACCUGCGCCAGAAGGAGCGCAAGGGCGCGGGGACCGCCGCCGCCCCGCAGCCCGGAGCCGGCGGCAGCGGGGCCGCCCUGGGCCCCUGCGCGGCGCGGACGCGGACGCCCUGA